UAAAGCAAUAAAAAACGGCUGACGGCGUAUCCCGUUUUGGAUCUAUCAAUCUCCAAAUCCCCGUAAAAACACUGAAAGACAGCACCUUUGAUUUCGAGGGAGGGGUGUAGAUCUUCGCUUCUCUCCUUUGAUUGUCUUCGCGUAAUAAUCGUACACAUUUCUCUCAGACAUGAAAAAUGGGGCUAUCUUUCACAAAGCUAUUCAGUUGGCUUUUCUCCAAGAAAGAGAUGCGCAUAUUGAUGGUUGGACUUGAUGCCGCUGGUAAAACCACAAUUCUUUACAAGCUCAAGUUGGGAGAGAUUGUCACUACCAUUCCCACCAUAGGUUUCAAUGUUGAGACCGUGGAAUACAAGAACAUCAGUUUCACUGUUUGGGAUGUUGGUGGCCAGGACAAGAUCCGACCAUUGUGGAGGCAUUACUUCCAAAACACACAAGGACUUAUUUUUGUGGUUGAUAGCAAUGAUCGCGAUCGUGUGGUUGAGGCUAGAGAUGAGUUACAUAGGACGUUGAACGAGGACGAGUUGAGGGAUGCUGUUCUGCUAGUAUUCGCAAACAAGCAAGAUCUUCCAAAUGCUAUGAAUGCUGCUGAGAUUACUGACAAGCUUGGUCUUCAUUCUCCCCGCCAGCGCCACUGGUAUAUCCAGAGCACAUGUGCCACUUCCGGUGAAGGACUGUACGAGGGACUGGACUGGCUCUCGAACAAUAUUGCAAACAAGGCAUAGAUGGCAUAAUUGAGUUCAGUCACCACUAAUUCAGGUUCCUUUUUGAGUUAUAUGGAUGUCUACCCCAGUUCAAGUGUGCUGUAUUUUUCAUGGUUUCUCGCAAAAAUUGCCAUUUGUUGCUUGUAGUUCAAGAAUAAUUGUUAAAUUUUUUGGUUUUUCCUUGUGGUAUUAUCUGAAUAUAGCUACCAAAAGAAACAAACAGUUUUGGGCCAUUCUUCCUUGGUGAAAAUUGAUGGUUACGCCGUUUGAUUGCUGUAAUGUUAAAUAUAUAAAUACAAUAUAAUGUCGUUUCUUUGUUUGGGUU